AUGCGGCCUGGAGGGAAGAUAUUUAAUUUAUUUGUUACUUUCGACUGUCUAUCUAUUCAUUUAUCUGUCUACGUCUACGUUUAUUAUCUAUCUAUGCCGGUCUACUUUCGGACAAUUAUCUAUCUAUUUAUCUAUCUAUCUCAGUCUGUUCGUAUCUAUCUAUCUAUCUAUCUAUCUAACUCUGUUCAUAUAUAUCUAUCUUUCUAUCUAUCUCAGUCUGUUCAUAUCUAUCUAUCUAUCUAUCUAUCUAUCUAUCUAUCUAUCUAUCUAUCUCAGUCUGUUCGUAUCUAUCUAUCUAUCUGUUCAUCUAUCUAUCUAUCUAUCUAUCUAUCUAUCUAUCUAUCUAUCUAUUUCAAUUUACUUUGUCGUGCUCUAAUCUAUCUAUCUAUCUAUCUAUCUAUCUCAGUCUGUUCGUAUCUAUCUAUCUAUCUAUGUUCAUAUCUAUCUAUCUGUCAAUCUAUCUAUUUCAAUCUGCUUUGUCGUGAUCAAAUCUAUCUAUCUAUCUAUCUAUCUAUCUAUCUAUCUAUCUCAUUCUGUUCGUAUCUAUCUAUCUAUCUAUCUAUCUAUCUAUCUAUCUGUCUGUCUGUCUGUCUGUCUCUCUGUCUGUUCAUAUCUAUUUGUCUAAUCAUCAUAUCUAUCUCUCGAAAUCAGAUCACAACUAUCUACUUGUCUAACUGUCGUAAUCAGAGCAUAUCUAUCUUAAGCAGAUCAUAUUUAUCUAUAUAUUGUAAUCAGGUCAUACCUUUCUAUCUUAAUUAUGUCAGAUCUAUCAGUCUAUAUAGCCUUCAUUGUUUCUUAUCACUUUCUUUCUUUCUUUUUCUUUCUUUCUUGUAUUAUAUGUCGUUCCGCGUCACAUUCUUUCUUUCUUUCUUUCUUUCUUUCUUUCUUUUAUAUACCGUACCUAUGAACACAUAUAUUUAUCUUUCUGUCAUAUACCGUACCUAUGAACACGUAUCUUUUCGAAACGAUCUAUCUCUAUUUUUCUUUCUUUCUUCCAUUUUUCUUUCUUUCUUCAUCGUCCUUUUUUCUUUCUUUCUUUCUUCAAGUUGCGUGUUUCUUUCUUUCUUCAUGAUCAGUGUUUCUUUAUUUCUUUAUGUUCCUUGUUUCUUUUAUACAUCGUACUACUUUUUCUUUUUUUCUUUAUCUUCAUUCUUUCUUUCUUUCUUUCUUCAUAGUACUUCUUUCUUUCUUUCGUUCAUUCUUUCUUUCUUUCUUUCUUUCUUUCUUUCUUUCUUUCUUCAAGGUGCGUGCUUCUUUAUUUCUUCCUGGUCCGUGUUUCUUUAUUUCUUUCUGGUCCUUGUUUCUUUUAUACUUCAUACUACUUGUUUCUUUCUUUUUUCAUCGUCCUUGUUUCUUUCUUUCUUCAUUUUUUCUUUCUUUCUUUCUUUCUUUCUUUCUUUCUUUCUUUCUUCCUGGUACUUUUUUCUUUCUUUCUCCAUGCUAAUAUUUUUUCUUUCUUUUCUUUUUAUAUACAUCUCAUAUUUUCGUCCUUCUUUUUUUCCUUCUUGUUUUUCUUCCUUUCUUUUUUUUUUUGUUCGGUCUUUCUUUUUCGUUUUCUUUGUUCUCUCCUUUCCUUUCUUUCUUACUCAUUUUCUCCUGCGGCAGUUCUAUCUAUCCGUCCCUCAAUCAAUCACUGCUUCUUUUCUCAUAUAUAUCAUCUCUUUCCAUUUUCUUCUUUCUUUCGUUUCAUUCAUCCUCAUUGCGGGUCAUUACAGCUCUGUCUAUCGAUCUCUUUUCUUCCUUAUUUCUGUCUCGUUUUGUUCCCUUUGUUUCCUCUUUCUUACUUUCUUUUUUCGUUCACGUUCUCUGGCAAUGCAGAUCUAUCUAUCUAUCUAUCUAUCUAUCUAUCUAUCUAUCUAUCUAUCUAUCUAUCUAUCUAUCGUUCAACAUCUGUUCGUAACUCCAAAGUGCAGCGGAAAUACCUCCCACAAAAUAGUAACAUAUUAG